AUGGUGGGUAUUCCAGCAGAAUUGCUGUCGAUCGGCGGAUUUGAGAAAUAUGGCUCUAUCGUAUCUCCAGAUGAGGAGAUUCAAAAGCUCGGCUCAAAAAGCUCCAAAGAUGCCAACCAGGGCACUGCAAUCAAGGUUCUAAAGGUGAGCCAAAACCAAAAUUUUUUCCCAAUAGAAUGCGGUGUCAAGGCCUCACAUUGGAACCUUUUCCGCUGUUUCCCACGCUCUCAUCUUCAAAGAAGGUUUUCCGAGUUCCCGGCCAACAAUCUGGUCGAGCACAGCAUAAAAGUACUGGAAAAACACCCUAAUAGCUCGCAAACAUUUGUGCCCAUGGGUCGCGUUGCUGACUCCGUAGCGUAUUUGGUGGUGGUGGCCUUGUCAAAUCAAGAAAACGAACCAGACUUGUCAACUUUGCGAGCUUUCACUUGCAAGGGAACCCAGGCUGUGACAUAUGGUGCAGGCGUUUGGCACGCACCAAUGAUAGUUCUUGGCAUUGAAGACUACCUCGAUUUUUCGGUGGCCAUCUAUGAACUAGGUGAUGAUUCCAAACCCGCAAUGGACCUGGUCGAGAGAUUCUAUCAGGACGGCGAAAUUCUUGUUUCUUUGAACGCAGUAUAG